AUGGCAAAUUUUAGGGACUAUACCACACCUUCCUCAAAACUUAGAUAUCUCAUCAUCGAGACUGAAGAUGGCAUAGAACAAACCAAGCUUUUGGUUCACACCUCACAAGCCGGCCGAUAUGCAGCCCCAUGGCCUCCUCUAAGGAACUCCCUUCAUGUAGAGAACUGGACCAUGGAACACAAAUCGAUUUCUAAUCCAUUAUCCAAGAUGUGGUCUCUCCAAGCGCCAAUCCAUCGCCAUGUAAAUAUUGGUAGCACCCUUCCAAACUUAGGAAGUCGCAUAAUUCAAGGAGAAGUACAUUGGGAAAACACAACAACAAUCGAGGGCGAGUAUCGUCAUAUCCCAGGAUAUUGGGAAUGGACUGAAGACGUACUUGGUGGAAGCCAACAAACUCUGAGUACAACAAAGAUUUACGAUGCUGUCUAUGCCUCACUUUUCACUUAUUAUCGAAACUCGAACAUUUUGCAAGCAUUUUGUGAGGCUUGGUGCCCCAAGACGAACACAUUUCUUACAAAAGCUGGGGAGCUAUCUAUACCUCUUUGGGACUUACAUAUCCUUGGGGAUUUGCCAAUUGCGGGUUCUCCGUACGAAGAAGUGGUACCUGAGACAAGAGAACUCAUCGGUUUGAAUGAAAAACAAGUCAGAUUUAUUCCUCGAUCUUGCGAGCCUGCCCCGUUGCAAAAGGAAAAGAAAUUUGCACGCCUAAAGUCAACAAAUAAUCCUAACGGAGUUAUUCCCGAGACGACGAGGUGGUCGAGUGAUCAAGAAACUAUAUUUUCUAAGCUUAGGGUGAGGUCUGACAAGAAAUAUGAGACAUAUGUAGCGGCAUUCUUAUCAAUUUGGCUAUGUGUCUUUGUGUUCCCCAAGGUAGAAAACUCCAUUCGCCUUGAGACUUUCAAGAGGGCAAGCAUGAUGGUAGGCGGGCGACAGAUUAACCUUGCAGUCCCAGUUUUAGCGAGUAUUUAUCAUGGUUUGAAUAAGAUUUCGCGUUCUUCCCAUCUCGAUCAGGUCAAAGCUUCUUUUCCCAUUCAUUAUGUUUAUGGCUGGCUUGCACAUUACUUCAAAACCCACUAUCCACUUGCUAAAGGUCCGUCUGUCCCUUUGAUGGUGUCAUACUCAGGAGAAGGGGCUGCAAGGUACUUUGACGAGAAGGAUGGAAGAAAACACAUCCAGAAUGGGGAAGAUAUAGUUUGGACACCAACAAUGUUAACCAAUUCCUGUCCUUAUUAUUACAUGGAUAACGAUGCCCCUCAAGAGUUGGAAUCAAAUUACUUCAUGAGCUUAUGUUUUAAUUACCUUCUUUUGAGGUAUGGUAACUCAUUCAUCAUCAAGCCAUAUAGCCCGCAUCGGUUCGGUCGUCAAUUUGGAUUUUACAACGUCCUCGGCUUUUUGGAGAACGAUAUCUGCAACGCCUCUCUAGAUGAAGGAAUCAGAUUUUGGAGGAUUUGCACACUGUAUCGAUCUAUGUCACGUGCGGUUUUUCCCCCAGCGGGAGAUCCUAUGGAGAAGCCUUUCUCCACUAAUUAUAUGUCUUGGUGGGAGAAAACGCAUGGGAAGUUUCUCGAGAAUAACUUACAAGCUUUGGUAGACAAUGUUCGGCUAAAGUCUACAACUUCUUUAGGAGGUGAAGAUCAAGGUGUUGGAAAGACGCUCGCAAAAGUUAAAAAAAUAUCAACUCCAAUCCCAAAAGUAGUUACGCAACCUAAAAAAAGGAAACUUAAAUCCUCAAAGGCAGCUUUGAAAGAAGUGGUGUGCACUUCAACAGCUAUAGAGACACACCCUCUAGUUCUUCCAUUUAACACGCGUGUUCCUCAAGACACAAGCCAGAGUACCAAUGAAGAUCAAAAUUGGAAAAGGAAACGGCCUAACCCAGUAGAGAUCGUAGAGGUUCAAAGUGUUGAUAGUCCCUCAAGAACGCAUACAGCUUGUAACAAAGAGUUAAAAACCAUUGGGCAUCCGAUGGUAUCCCCAUGCGACAAGCUGCAAGUGAGUGAUGAAUCUAUUGGAGGGACUACGUGUAAAGUGAAGUCAUCGGUCAUCGUCAAAGGUGUCAUCUCUUCAUCAUGA